AAUGAUAAAUAUUUGUUUUUGUAAACAAUAAAAAAGACUAAAUAAAAAAGAGCAACAAGAACGAACCAAUAGUAUAACACUGGCCACAUCUAACUCGAUUGCUAUUGGUAACCGUUGUGUCAACAAAACCUUUUUUGUUUACAAAUGGCCACGGGUGACAAAUUCAAAUUUGAAACGCGUAAUUGUGAUAUGAAUAGUGAUUUUUAUCGUUAAUCUAGUUGUACAUGUGGCGUUUAAUAUGGGUAAUUGUCUUGGAAGUAUUUUUCGGCGUCGUAACGUGCGUCGUCACAUUGUAUUAAUACUGAUAGGGUUGGAUAACGCGGGAAAAACAAAAACUGUGAAUAAUCUGGCGGGCGAGCGGGAUGAUAAGGUUUUGCCGACUGUGGGUUUUAAAGCAGUGAAUUUAGUGCAUAAAGAUACACCUGUGACGAUAUAUGAUUUAGGCGGAGGCCCACAUUUUCGCCAGAUAUGGGCGCAGUAUUACAGCGAGGUGCACGGAGUGAUAUUCGUCAUCGAUUCAAGUGAUUUUUCACGGUUGGACGAAUGCAGAGCCGUGCUUGAAGAGGUGUUAUCGCACGACAAAAUAUCAGGUAAACCGGUCCUGGUAUUAGCUAACAAACAAGACAAGACUGGAGCCCUAGACGACAUCGAUGUGGUCGACAAACUCAAUAUAGAACCAUUGGUUAAUAAGUAUAGAUGCCCAACCCUAGUUGAAUCAUACAGUGCAUACGCAGACCCCAACUCCAAAAAGCCAAAAAUCGACCCCGGCCUCCGGAAGGGAUACCACUGGUUACUGAACUACAUCGUCCGUCGCUACGGAGACAUCAACCUCCGCGUGCAAACAGACAUACACGCCGACCUAGAAAGACGCAAGCGAAUGUUGAACAAAGCAUCAAACACAAACUCUCAAACGUUCACAGCCGUCAGCGAUGAUAUAGCAACGCAAACCGGCUUCGAGAACCCCAACUACGAUAUUGAGAAAUCGAAUAAAAUCGAUAACGAUGAAAUCCAACAAGGCUUGAUCGUCGUCAAACCGAUUACACAUCAGAACAGUGUCGACUCGACUAUAACGAUCGAGAGCGUCGAAGAAUCGGAUAUGACGAGCGUCGCGAAACCAAAACUGUCACCUCUGUUCGGCAGAGCGAGUAACUCGACGGUGGAAACCGUUCGGAUAGAGUUGGAGCCUCGCAAUGAGUUCAGGAAAUUGUCUCCGAUCGUACGGAACAAAAGUGGUGCCAACCAGCACAUCGAUUUUAAGAACCGACCCCAGUCGAGCCCCACUUUCAAGAAGCAGAUUAAGGUGGAACCCCCGAGUAAGAACACGUCGCUACAAGACGAGGAUCUGAAACCCGACGGCGACCUGCCGGCGUACAUCGGCGACCGGAACCGAACCUGGGACGGGUCGGAGAAGAAGCAUCGAGUGCUCGUCAACGAUGCUGAGCUGUCGCAAAUGCAUCGCGAGAUCGUGCUCACUGAGAGAGACUACACGAGCAAGACGGCGUACUCGGAGGUGACGCUGCAGCCGUCGUCGCUGGCGCUGAGCCCGCGGCCCGCGUCCGCGUCGCGCCUCGUGCGGCGCCAGCUCGAGCUGUGCGCGCAGCACAAGCGGCGGCUCAGUCUGCGCUACAUGCAUCGCAACAAGACUAGUCCGGAGCGCGUGUCGAUGCUGAUCUACGAGCCGAAGGCGGCGCAGCGACAUCUAGACAAAGGAGACUUCGAGCACUCCGCCACCAUCAACUGAUGACGAUAGUUGGAGUCACACAACUAAAGUUCAAAUUGCCUAGACUUAUAAAGUUACAAUAUAUUAUAGUUAGUAUGUACAGAGGCCGUAUUACGAUGUUUUAAAACUAAACCUUUUAAUAGAAAUACAAAACGUAUGUUUGUACACUUACUCUUUAUCCUAAACUGACAAACAUAUUAUGAUGAAAUUUUGCUCAAAGGGUCUAAGGUCUUAAAGUAAUAUUGUGAUGGUUGUGACAGCGUAAAAAAUGGCGUAGAGUGGCAUCUCUUUCACACCCGUAAUAAUAUUACUUAAAAUAGUCUCAGAGUAUUCCUUACUCCAAGAAUUACAAGUGAGAACUGUUUAUACAUAAUAUAAAUAUGGUUUUAAAACUUCGUGCUACUGCCCAUAGAUUUAUGAUAAGCUAAUAUUGACAGGGUAUAGACAAUAUAGGUGCUCCUAUUUAAAAUUUAACGAGCGAAACACCCCAUAAGGUAAGCUUUGUCACAGGCGAAAGAACUAUUAUAGGUACUUACUUGAUUCAAAAAUAGGCAAUUAAUCUAGAAAAAUGUUGAUUGUUUGAUUUAGAAAUAAUUAAUAUAAUAUUACUUGGAAACUUAUUGUUCUGUUAAUAUAAUAAUAAUGCUGUUGGAUGUGUCUACUUCGUACUUAAAGAGCAAUAUUUUAAACACUUAGUAAUGCCAAGUGUUAAUCCAGGUUAUAAUCUAUCUGUUUGCCAAAUUUCGUCCAUAUUCGUUCGGUAGUUUCUGCGUGACAGGUAACCCCCUGCCAUCCAAACAAACUUUCACACUAAUAAAAAAAUUGACUAGUUGUUACAUUGGUGAGUGACAAUAGAGUGAUGUGAUGUGUGAAGC